AUGCAAUGUGAAAAUGACCUACCGUUAUUCGAUCCAAAUGCUUCCAUCGCAAUACAGCAAGCAUUGCAAAGCUUUCAAUCAGUUAAAAUGCUAAUGGUGAUGCAUGAUUUAAGGACUUACGAUACGUUACAUCCUUACGUAUGUCUGGCUCUUUGUCCUCUGGGUAUUGUAGCAAAUCUCAUUCACAUACUAGUGCUCACCAGAUCGAAAAUGUUGAGAUCAGCAGUGAACUGUAUUUUGGUGGUAAUUGCCGUAUGUGAUAUUAUCACUAUGAGUUCAUAUCUGAUGUACAUUAUAAAAUUCGAGUUUUUCGCUCCAUCAUCUAGCACUGGAGUUAGUUAUUCUUGGGUAGUAAUGUUGAAAAUACAUGCUGUUGUAACAAUUGCGCUACAUGGAAUUACUUUGUAUUGUUGUGCAACUUUAGCUAUUAUCCGAUGGAGUGCUUUGGCAAAGACUAGAAAUCUUUGUUUUCAACCUCUUACUGCGUGGUUUGUAUUUUUAUUUUUCAGCGUGAUCGCAUCAAUUGUAGGAAUUAUCUGUAUUCCAACAUUUUUGGUUCAUGAAAUCAAAGUUGUUUGGAUUAAUGGUGGAGAGUUAUUCUAUACUAUUGAUAUAUCAGAAUGGGCAAUUCGCGAUAGCUGCAGAUAUUUCAAAUUGAAUUUAUGGAUUUUAGGCAUAGCUUUAAAGGCUCUGCCAUGUCUUCUGCUGUGCUGUUUCACAAUUCUGUUGGUUCUUCGCUUACGAGGAAAUUUAAAACGAAAGCAGAUAUUACUUUGUCGAGAUUACAAUGUCGCAAAUGUAAAAAAGAGCGAAAACUGUAGUGCCGCUGUGAAGAGAAACAAACGUAACUACGAUCGUACUACAUUUACCCUCAUCGUCAUGCUUUCCGUAUUUCUGAUAACCGAAUUACCACAAGGUGUAUUAGCAGUGCUAAAUGCGCUACAUACAAACGAUGUACACACAAUUCUCUACAAAAAUUUGGCUAAUUUACUAGACUUAUUAUCUCUUAUUAAUUGUUAUGUUGGUUUUCUAACAUAUUGUUUUCUGAGUUCAAAAUACCGACAAACGUUCAUCAUUAUGCUUGUUAAUUCGUGA